AUACAAAAUACUGUGGAGAAAAUGUAUACUAGUCGAGAGGAUAUUGGAUAUGAUUUUGGAGAUGACUCAAAAGAUGGAAGUAAGACAGUUCAGCCCAAUCCAAACAUCGAUGGAGGAUGGGCUUGGAUGAUUGUACUUUCCUCUUUCCUUGUACACAUUCUUAUCAUGGGGUCCCAAAUGGCCCUUGGAAUCCUCAACAUGGAAUGGCUGGAAGAAUUUAAUCAAAGUCGAGGCUUAACAGCAUGGGUUAGCUCCCUUAGCAUGGGCAUUACACUUAUUGUAGGUCCUUUCAUUGGUUUAUUCAUUAGCAUGUGUGGGUGCCGCAAGACAGCAAUAAUUGGAGGGAUAUUAAAUGCCCUAGGCUGGAUACUGAGUGCCUAUGCCUCAAAUGUGCACUGCCUCUUCAUUACAUUUGGAGUGACAGCUGGUGUUGGAAGUGGCAUGGUUUAUCUACCUGCAGUGGUCAUGGUGGGACAGUAUUUUCAGAAGAGGAGAGCACUUGCACAAGGACUCAGUACAACAGGAACAGGCUUUGGAGCUUUCUUAAUGACUGCUUUACUGAAGUAUCUGUGUGUGGAAUUUGGAUGGAGGAAUGCAAUGUUCAUCCAGGGUGCGAUCUCUCUGAACCUUUGUGUCUGUGGAGCACUCAUGAGGCCACUUUCUCCCAAAGAGGUUGUUAAUGAAAAGUAUGUUGUGAGAAAUAAUAGUGAGGAUAAUUGCGCAAAAGCUCUGUCCCAUUCCACAGAGACUAUAAAAUCUAAUGGAGUCUUAAAUGAAGAACAGGAAAAAAAAGAAGAUGCAACAAAUGAAGAAGUGCUUGACAGUGUUCAACACACAGAAAAUGGAGGUAAAUCUAGAAGGAGAAAGAACAUGUAUGGACUGUGCAUUCUUAAGACGGUGAGCCAGCUGACAGUUACAGUCAGGAAGGGGUUUGGAAUAUGGUACUCCAGUUACUUUGGAGCUGCAUCACUGUUUACCAAUAGAGUGUUUGUGGCCUUUAUAAUUUGGGCUUUGUUUGCCUAUAGCAGCUUUGUCAUUCCCUUUAUUCAUCUUCCAGAAAUAGUGAAGCAGUACAAUUUAUCAAGUCAGAAUAAUAUAUUUCCUUUGACAUCAAUUAUUGCCGUUGUUCAUAUAUUUGGUAAAGUGAUCCUUGGAAUCAUCUCUGAUUUACCUUGCAUCAGCACUUGGAAUGUCUUCCUCCUAGCUAACUUUACCCUGGUUGCCUGUAUUCUUAUUUUGCCAUUAAUGCAAACAUACAUUACUCUGGCUGUGAUUUGUGCUCUAAUAGGAUUUUCUAGUGGCUAUUUUUCUCUAAUGCCUGUUGUGACUGAAGAUUUAGUUGGAACUAAACACCUUGCAAAUGCCUAUGGCAUCAUCAUUUGUGCCAAUGGAAUAUCUGCAUUGCUUGGACCACCCUUUGCAGGUUGGAUCUAUGACAUCACACAAAAGUAUGAUUUUUCUUUUUACAUAUGUGGCUUGCUAUACAUGGUGGGAAUAAUAUUUUUAUUUAUCCAACCUUGCAUUCAAAAGAAACAGCCAAGAGAAAAAUCUACCGAAGAGGCACAAGUAUAGAGCAACGGUACAGAUGUUUUUUCUACAGAAUUUCUUGGUUUUAUGUUUCUAUUGUGUGGCAGGAUAAAGCCGUUCUUAUGGAACCAAUCACAUCGAGCUGUACUAAAGUGAAAACAAAACAUGCUCCAAAAUGCUAAUAAAUUAUUAGAUAUACGCUUUUAAAAUGAGUUAAGAUUUUUUACUUUAUAACAAAUAUAGACUAAAAGCACACUGCCAGUCUUUUAAAAUUUGAACAAUGGUAGAAAACUUCACCCUUGAUUCUCUUAACUUUUCACCUCUACACACUGGUGAAACAACAUUGACUGCAGUGCAGUUACUCUGAAUUUACACAAGUCCUAGAAGAGAAUCUGAUUUGGGUGUGAAGGAUGUACCUUCACACCUGUAAUAGGAAAACCUUCCUAUUAUGUAUGCUAGCUGAUAAAAAGAUUAGGUACUGAGUAUGAGAUGAUGAUGGAAUUUCUUAUCAGGCUAGUCAAGUACCACUGAAAUACUAGUACAAUCAUUCAAUUAAUUUAAUGUCUUAAAAUUACUAUUUCUGUAAUGAAAAAUUGGAAAAGAUUCGUAUAUUUUUCUGAAAGGGCUCUCUAUUUCAAGGAUUUUUUUAUUGUAUUUGUUUAAAUCAUCAACUGCAUAAUAAAGUAGCCAUCCUCAAUAUACAGGCUGUAAUAAAGUACAGGCCCAUUAUACAGGCUGCAUUAUAAAUGCUCAGACGCUUAAUGCACCUAAAGUAAAAUAAACAUAAAAGCAAAACCAGGAAAUGGCUGGAAAAUACUAAUUUGAUUCUUCAAAAGAAAUUAUAAGUUGCUAAGUCUGAUGAUAUGUUGUCCGAGUUCCACAUACACUAGUUUCCAUGUUCAGACAGACUGAUUUCUGAAAUUCUGUUUUCAGUUCAACUAUUUGAGCAGUUAUUCAUGAUUUAUAUUGAUAUAAUUGAGAACAGAAUUUGGACCUGUGCAUAUAGGGUCUUCUGAUUUUGCUUACUGAGAUUUAGCUAUAUCAGUAUGGACCAGAUCCAAGGUAAAUUGCCAUAUUUGAUAUAACUGACCUAGAGGUGCUCAUCAUACCCCCAGCAAGUACAAAGACAUCUGAGAUCAGUACGAAUAUUUUCUGUAUUUUUAAAGUUAUGCUUUGGAAAGCUAACUUUGGUCUGAUUCUAGUUUGCAGUCUUUUAUGAUACAGAAAUAUUUUGUUUACAUGCAAAAUAGCUCCUUUAAUAGCUCCCUAACAUAAUACCUAAAAUAUAAGAGAGAAAAUAAUAUUUUGUUAUGGCAUAUCCAUUUUCUUAAACCUGCCUUAUAGUUUGAUGCAUUACAGUUGAACCAUUUCACCAAGGAUUUCCCAGAUUGGAAAAUGAUUCCCGAAACAGUUGGAACAGUUCCUGGCUGCUUUACACAAUUAGACAUAUUGUAGAACUUUGUAUGAUUUUUAUUUCCUUCCGUGGGAAUUGUUUACCCUCAAGUAACCAAUACUAAAGAAACAGAGACCAAAUAUCAUUUUAGAAAGAACUAGAGUAUAGCAUGUUAAGUUUUCCUAAACUGAAUUUUGGAACAAAACAACAUUAAAUUAUGAUCAGUUGUGUUGCUAUAUACAAGUACAGCGUGAACUGGCUAAGACUAGUCACUUUUUUUAAUGUUUACUUGCUGGAGAAUUAGAUAAUACAAAGCAUGGAAAAACUAAAGACCAUUUAAAAUCUUUAAAAGAAUUGUCUUAAACAACACCAAGCACCAGAUGAUCAGCAUGGUAUGUUUUGUGUGAUGCUACAAGACAUACUUUUCUCAGCUUUGGGAAGUGAAGCAGAUGUUAAUUUUCCUAUAGCAAGUAAAAGUCACUUUGCAGUUCUUUUUGUCACGUUAGCUUUAUAAAAGUUCUUUUCAUGAUAAAUCAGGUUCUUUGAUACUGAUAUACACUGCCAAAAUUCUCUAAAAACAAUUGAUACUAUUAAAAUAAAGUGAACAACUAUUGGCAGGCAGUUCGGCAUGAAACAGAGUAUAAGUAUACAGAUCUCUUUCAUAGUUGCAAGGCUGGUUAAAAAGGUUCUGAACCUUGACUUACAUUGUUCCGUAUUGUAAUUCACCAGCUUCUUAGUUUUGCAAUUCUGCAACCGUUGGCAGGGACAUACUUUAAAAUAGAUCACUGAAGUGAGUCAAGUUAAAAAGGAAAACCUUAAGAAAACCCCAAACUACUUCAAAACUUAGGUCAGUUCAGCGAUAUAGUAUAGUAUGAUGUGACCCUGAAAAUUGGUAUUAAAGCGACUGAGAUGGUAGUGAACUGCAACCUGCGGCAUGAACAAGCAGGCAGUAAUUGCUUGAAAUCAGUUUUGUUGCUGGAGAAAAUAUUCAUGUAAACUAUGCUCUGACAUCAGUUUUUUAGUUACAGGUUUAAUGUUUUCUUGGUGUGAAUGCUGCUACUAGAUUUUAACUGAAGUAUCCUUUAUUGGUGAAACAUAUAUAUAUAUAUAUUCGCUGAAGUGAUAUUUUCAUCAAAUUGCUUCUUUUGCUUUGAAAUAUAUGUAUCCUUUACACUUAGAACUUCACUUUGUCCUCUGUCAAAAACAAUUUUAUUUGCAUAUUUCUGUAAUGAAUAAUUUAUUCUCUUAUGAUAUCAGCAGUAUAUCUCCUUACUGGGCUGUAUACUGGGAAUAAACUUACAUCACCUGAAAUUUCACUUUCUGUUCAUUUGCCAAUUCAGGUCAUUUUUUAAACUUAAAAAAAUGGAGAUUCUCCUGCAAAAUGAUUAUUCUCAUUUCUUCUAAUAGAAAGGACAGCUGUAUAGUUGAUCAGGGAGAUGGGCUGACAAAACAGAAUUAAAUUAGAAAUUUCAAUUAAUAUUCAGUCAGUCCAUACUGGCUCGCAUAGGUUCUAGUUUCCUAACCUGGGACUGCCUGAAUUAGUUAUGAGUGUACCAACUAACAAAAGUAUUAACUGGUGGUAAAUUGACAGAAAGUGAGAAAAGAGGGUCUAUUGUUUAGUAGCUUUGCUCAUAUACUAUAGUUCUUUAAAACUGUCUGAAAAAAGCCUACAGUUCAUAGUGUUUUAUUACAUGGAAGAGAAAUUUUGUGAAUACAGCGUUGUAUGCCCAUGAGAAAAUUGGAAUUUGUCAUUGACCUAAAUGGAAAUAUUCACAAAGAGAAAAGAAUGUGCUUAAAUGUUGGAAGAGCAAAUUUUUCACCUAAAGAUCUGUCAUCACCAAACACUUCAAGAAUAUUGGUAUAUACAAUAUACCAUAUAUAACUCACACACACACACACACACAUAUAUAUAUAACCAUAUAACCAAUAUAUAUGUUACAAAACAAAAUAUUCUUAACAUAAAUUAGCAAAUAUCUUUUAACGUUUAAAAUACUGCUAUGCUUUUGUCUUUAUAAAGAAAUAGAAUAAGAACCCCUUAUUUACAGUUUUUAACUGAUUUAUUAAAUUCAUAUUUCAUUCUCGAUUUUUAAAAAAAUUGUUUACCUAAAUGCCUACAGAACCUCAGCCCUGAACUGAAGGGACCUACCUUAACUGAAUCUGGUUCAAAGAUACACAUGGCAUAUGUUGAAAGCGAAUUUUUCAGGUAAAAUCUUGGGAACUUUACAGAACAAGCAGAAAGAAUAUCACUGACUAAAAGUAACAAGUAAAUUAUAAACUAAAGUAUAAAGUUAUAGUUGCCUAAAAUGUCUAUGUCUGUAUCAUAUAUGCAGCAUAUAAUUUAAAUAGAGAAUUUUUUCCUACUGGUUUGAAUAUUGAUAUUGGUGUGAAUACAUGCCCAGAGGAGAAAAUGGUAAAAAAUUGGUAUUAUGUAAAAAUAAACAUUACCAUUUUUGCUGGAAAAAAGCAUUAUGAAGAAU